AUAUAAUAUUUCACACUUUGAAGAGAGAAACUGUUCCGGAAGAACAUAUAGGACCCACACUAGAGAAGUGAGAGAUAAAGUCUGCGAACCUAUCGGUUAGUACCGCGUAGGGGUGAAAUUGGCCGGAUGGAGAGAGGCGAUGUUGGUAAUUGGACGGCUGAAUAAACACAGGUCUGUUGCGGGUAAAUGACCGGAACUUCCCCACUACAGCUAGGAAGAAAAUAAAGUUUUCGUGCGGCAUUAUCCAGCUAAGAAGAUAAUUGUACUUUAUUUUAUAUCAAGGAAAUUGGCUCGGCUCUAGUUGGAUACUGAGUUAUGUAUCGUUGAUGACUUUGGUGAACAAGUUAGAUAAACGAGACCCAAAAGUCAAGCAAGAAAAAUUCAACGUAAACAAUUCCAAGGACUUAAAAUGAGUGAAUAACCAGAGGGUGGUUAAUAUUGGCGAUAGUAAACACAAAGAUGUCGUCGUUAGCAAAAGCAUUAGAGGAAAGACGCUUUAGACAAGCCAAGCUGUUAGUUCAGCUAGGGGAUGACCUCAACUCUAGGAGCAAGGAAACAGGUCGAAGCCCUCUUGUGCAGGCUUCUCUGAUAGAAGAUGAGGAUCUUUCUUACAAAGUUUGCCACUGGCUGCUUCAAGAAGGUGCCGAUAUUGCUGUGAGGGACGAUCACGGAAUGAACGCUUUCAUGCACGUCUGCAGACAAGGGAGAACUAGGAUCGCCGCGUUAUUUCUUAAACAUCGAGACUUUGAUUUGAACACGCAGGAUUUUGAAGGGAACACCGCGCUAUCUUAUGCGGUAAUUGCAGGUGAUAUCAGUACAACUAGCGCUAUUGUAGCGGAGCUUAGAAAGCGAAGAAUUCGAGGUGCUGAUAAGCAGAAUAAGAAUGGGGAAACGCCGUUGAUAAUAGCCGCCAAGCUAGGCCACAAGGGAUGUGCAGAUAUUUUACUCAAUGACGGAGAGGCAUCGCCACAUGCGCGCGAUAUGGAAAUGAGGUUGACCGCGCAGGAAUGGGUUCAGUUUAUGAACUCCAAAACCAAUUUCGAUAGAAAGCCGAGCGUGACGUCACGGAGAGAAGCUUGGUGGAAUACCGAGCAUGAAGUCAGUGAAGAGAAGGAGAUAACGUCCGGCGAAGUCGGGAAGGCAUCUGAGCUUGGCUUGUCGACAACAGCAGGAAAAAAAACAGAGGAUAACUUAGCUCAAGCGCAAACUAUGAAAGGUAGGACACGGGGGAAUAUAAGGGGGGAAGAAGAUCGUAAAAUCUCGUGUGAAAUGUUCACAAGGAGCUGUUCAGUUACGGAAAAACCCAACAGAGAAACACGGAAUGAUAGAAAAAAAUUCCGACAAAGUUAUUCGGCGAAGGAACACUCUAGAUGUACAACAAAAGACGCUCCACAGCGGGUGAUAAAGUCCGCAACGUUUUCCUGCACUAAACCGGGCCUUUCAAUGAUACAAUCAUCAAACGCCCUUAAUACCAGCUUACAGCCAAUCACUGAUGAAAAGAAUACCACGAAUGCUAGCUUAGUGUACUCCAGCGAAAAUGGAAUCCACCGGUCAAAGAAUGGAAUGGAGGUUAGGUACCAUUCCACUGAUAUCAAUCGCGCGAUGUCCGCACCACAGCGAGCCUACAUGCAACAUGUACAGCGGUUUCGACGUGAAAAAUCAGUUCAACCGGAAACGGAGCCGAAAUUCCUAACCCAUGACUACAAAAAGCGCAACGACUCGUUUACCCGAAAACAGCUGCCAAAACUGCUAAAAGCUUUAGGAGAACAGAACACGUCCAGUUAUCGUCCAAAGGCGAGUCCUCCUGAACCAAACACGCACUGGAGAGGAAAGCGCAAACCGAGGAGCGCUGAUCCCUACCGACCAUCUAACAGCCGGAGGCUUUCCAAGGUCAACCUGGCGUUGUUUGCGCUAAGAAGAUUCUCUGGUAUUUACGCAAAGACUGAUUUCAGUAGUCUUACAAACUCGCAGGACAGCCAGACAAACGGCAGCGCUCUUUCGCUUAGUGGAAGCUUGCGUUCUAGGCGCCAGUCCAUGGCCGUGAUGCGAGGUGAAAGACCGUUAGACAUGACAAGCAAAUGGAGGAAGGGCUCCAUCAUUAUGGCAACCACCAUCCGCCCGGAGGUCGAGUCCUUGAGGCGAAGUAUGGGGAAGUCUAUCGAGUUGGGACUGACAAAGCGUUCUUCAGGCGUGAGUUUGGCGAGUAGUGCGGACAGUGCUUCGACCGCUCCAGGGCCUGACAUUUGCUCUUUUCCGGUGAUGUCAUAAACAUAAAAUAGCAACAGACGACAGCACUCCUUUUUACCGCGGAAGAGGGGGUGUGUUUGGCUCAAAGCAACAAUAAUAAGAUUUUAACUUAUUUUUCUUAUAUUUCCAUUACAUUUGGCAAAUCAUUAUCUUAGGAGGCAGUAUUGGAGAUAUUAGAAGGCAGUAUUGGAGAUAUUAGAAGGCAAUAUUGGAAAUAUUAGAAGGCAGUAUUGGAAAUAUUAGAAGGCAGUAUUGGAAAUAUUAGAAGGCAGUAUUGGAAAUAUUAGAAGGCAGUAUUGGAAAUAUUAGAAGGCAGUAUUGGAGAUAAAAUGUGCAGCAAUUAGAGUUUUCAUCUCAAGAAGGAAAUUGUAUAUUUUGUUUGUUCUAUGAGCCUACUCCUAUGGACAUUCUGAAAACUUUUAAAACGAAAAAGUUUUCUCUGAGAACUUGACAUCUGUUCAUGGCGAGCAAAUAAUUGCUACUGGUUACCUACAGCCUAUUGUAAGGCAUGAAAAAACACAAAGGAUUCCAAAUUUAACGAUAGUUUAAGGACAUAUCAAGAAAAUUUAACCAAAAAUUGUCGUUUUUGCCAAACGCCUUCACUUUCAUAUAAGGAAACUAAUAUGUUCCUUAUUUGGAAAAACUGCAUGAUUCUUGUAAUCUUUAAGGUUGCCAUAC